GUGUUUAUCUCUCUGAGCUUAAAACCGUGUUCUCCACAUGCUUUCUUUCUCCUAUUCAGCGUUACAUCUUCUUCCUCAUCCCUUUAGCCUUUCUCCUUCUAAUAACUAAUUUUAUAACAAAAACCAUUACUUUAUCCUUUUUUUCACGCACCCAAAAUUGGCACACCCCUUUCUUCAUAACCACAUAUAAAAACCUCUCCUCACAUCCUUGCUCAUCACCCUGUAUGCACACGAUGAAGAUUUUCAACCCCUCUAAAUGCUUUCUUCAGAAUGUCGUGUGUCCAUUCGACACAAUCUUCCUCAAAAAAAAUGGAUCUGGUUCUUUCACCGUGAGUUAGCUUAAAGCUUCUUUCAAAACCCCCAAUCCCCCAUCCAAUUCAAUUCAAUUCAAUUCAUUUCUUGCCCCCACUUCCACAUGGAUCCACAACACAAAACCAACAACAGGAACAUCCUGUUCAACAAGUACGAGAUUGGCAAGCUCCUAGGACAGGGAAACUUCUCUAAGGUUUACCAUGGUCGAAACCUCAUCACCAACGAGAGCGUUGCCAUCAAGAUCAUCAAGAAAGAGAGGCUGAAGAAAGAGACCAUGAUGAAGCAAAUCAAGCGCGAGGUUUCUGUUAUGGGCCUCGUUCGCCACCCCCACAUCGUGGAGCUCAGGGAAGUCAUGGCCACCAAGGCCAAAAUCUUCAUGGUUGUCGAAUACGUCAAAGGUGGCGAACUCUUCGCGAAGGUAACGAAGGGGAAGAUGAGGGAAGACGAAGCAAGAAAGUACUUCCAACAACUCAUCAGCGCCGUCGAUUUCUGCCACAGCCGCGGCGUCACGCACCGUGAUUUGAAGCCCGAGAAUUUGCUCUUGGACGAGAACGAAGACCUUAAAGUCUCCGACUUUGGAUUGUCGGCGUUGCCGGAUCAGCGCAGAUCCGACGGAAUGCUCGUGACGCCGUGCGGAACGCCGGCGUAUGUUGCGCCGGAGGUGCUGAAGAAGAUAGGGUAUGAUGGGUCGAAGGCUGAUAUAUGGUCGUGUGGUGUUAUCCUCUAUGCUUUGCUUUCUGGGUAUUUGCCUUUUCAAGGUGAGAAUGUGAUGAGGAUUUAUAGAAAAUCAUUCAAAGCUGAUUAUGCAUUCCCCGAUUGGAUUUCGACUGGUGCUAAGAAUUUGAUUUCGAAAUUGCUCGUUGUUGAUCCUGAGAAGAGGUAUUCCAUCCCUGAUAUCAUGAAGGAUCCUUGGUUUCAAAUUGGGUUCAUGAGACCCAUUGCUUUUUCAAUGAAGGAAACAGCUGUGGAAGAUAACAUUGAUUUCAACGAGGAUGAUGAUAAUCAUAACAAUAGUCUUAAUAUUCUUGAUGAAUUGGUGGGGGAAAACCCAGUUCGUCCCUCUUACAAUGCAUUCGAGAUUAUAUCUUCCUUGUCUCAUGGGUUUGAUCUUAGGAAUUUGUUUGAGACGAGGAAGAGAUCCCCUUCUAUGUUCAUUUCCAAGUUUUCAGGUUCUGCUGUGUUGGCGAAGCUUGAGACGGUGGCGAAGAAGCUGAAUUUUAGGAUAACGGGGAAGAAAGAUUUCACGGUGAGAAUGCAGGGGGCUAAAGAGGGAAGGAAGGGGAAACUGGCUAUGACGGUGGAGGUGUUUGAGGUGGCGCCGGAGGUGGCGGUGGUGGAAUUCUCAAAGUCCGCCGGAGACACGCUUGAAUACAUAAAGUUCUGUGAGGACCAAGUCAGACCUUCCCUUAAAGACAUCGUCUGGACUUGGCAGGGUGAUUCUCAUCGCCAUCAUCAGUAGCUGCUGCACUGCAAUGUGAUUCUAUUAAAAAUAAUAGAAAAUUAACAAGUAGUUUCAAUUAUUGUUAUUGUUAUUAUUAUUAUUAUUACUAUUCAUUUAGAUUAAGAUUACCGUGUUUAUAACUAUGUCAUAGUUGCAGUUUGUGAUGGCAUAAGGAGAAUAAUGAGUAACAGAGUAAUUUAUCAUUCUUACUUCCUUGUUCAUUUGAGUUUUUGUUGCAUCUUGAGUUGGGUCCCUUUUAUGUUGUUAACAACUUAACAUGGUUGUUGAAUCGAAAUACUUAUUUAACUG